AUGGAUCUGGCCUUUGAAUGUGCCCCUGUCACAGGAUCUCAGAUUGAUCAUGCGGAUUAUGUGCGACCUGCCGAUAUACAGUUUUAUGCUGAACUGGGUCAGCUUGCACGUUAUUGCGACGAUAGUAUUCUGGAACUGAUUAAAGGUAGACUAGAUUCAUGUCAGCAUGCCAGCUACACGAAUUCAUUGCCUUCUAUCGACAAAUUUUUGCUGAGAUUCAAUCGAAACGUUACAAUUAUUGAAUCUUCGAACGAAACGAAACUUUUGAUGCAAACGAAUCACCUAGUGGAAACAUUUAUAAAACACAAGAGUUGGCGGAAUAAAUGGAAGCUAAUCGUUAUCAUGCCAAGCAUGGAGGAUGGCGAGCCGCGAGAGCCAGAGCAAGCAGCAGUCGAGGUAAUGCGGUCGAUUAAACAUUUGUACGAAGCGUUACCACAUCGCACUGUGCUGGUUGUAGUGCGAAGUUCCUCGCUACAGAUAUGGCAGGAUGCAUCCAAUGCGCACAGGGCAUGUGCGACGCUACUGGAACCUUGGAAGCUGUACGAAAAAUUUAAUUCUGUUUCGGUUUGGGACCAGGUGGAAAAAAUAUGCGAAAUGCAUUUUCAAAGUUCCUUGUUUACGGUGCAAAUUUUGCCGCUAAUGAGUGAUGCCUCACUGCCUUUUAUAUCGGGCUCCAGUCAGUAA